AUGAUCAACAAUUUUGUGAAACCUCAUGUGGUGGCAGUGCCGUUUCCUGCACUCGGUCACACCAUCCCUUUACUCGACUUUGCUAUCUCGCUUGCCUCGUCUGGUCUCGCCAUCACUUGUGUCACAACUGCUGCUAAUGCCCUCCGUCUGAAACUCCAAAUGGCCCACGCUUUUUCCUCCGGGUUAGAUAUUCGCCUCCUAGUCCUUCCCACGCCAUUAGUGGAAGGGCUACCCGAGGGAGUUGAAAGCUUCGACCAAGUUCUUCCCGAGCAUUGUGGUCUAAUUUAUGAUCUGGUUGUCAAGCUUGAACAACCUUUUAAUCAUUGGCUUGAAGCUCAAGUUGAAGGAAUGAAUCAUCCAGUUUGUAUUAUGCAUGAUGUACUUCUAGGAUGGACUAUGGAGGUACCCCAAAAGCACAAUAUCACUAGGGUGGUGUUCAAUACAUAUGGCGCAUUCGCUCUUACUCUGCUGCGUUCUGCAUGGCUUUCCGCCUCGCAUAACGCAUUGGAGAAAGAAGGCGACAGUAUUCUGCUGAGCUUGGAUCUCCCCACUCCUCUCAGAUUACAUAAGCACGAAAUAGACACCAUGUUGUUCGACCCCUUGAUGCUAGAGGUAAUAGGACGGUUACAGUCGCUCAAUCAAGGAGGGGGAAUGCUCAUCAAUACUUAUGAACAGCUGGAGCCUGAAUAUCUCCAACACUUGAGAAAUCUGACAGGGAAGAAGGUAUGGUCCAUAGGCCCAGUUCUUCCAUCGACUUGCUUUGGAGGUGCAGCGAAAGACAGCAACCGAGGUAAAAUGGUAGACAUUAGCGAGGUUAAGCUGUUCCAAUGGCUGGAUUCUCAAAGCUCAUGUUCAGUUGUUUAUAUUUCUUUUGGAAGUCAGAUAUUCUUAACAGAAGAACAAAGCAAGGCCUUGGCUAGUGGUCUAGAAGCCAGUGGGCAACCCUUCAUUUGGGCUAUCAAAGUGUCCCCAAAGUUCGAACCCAGGACAUCUGACACAGCAGAUCUUCUCGAUCGUACAUAUCUUCCGGAGGGUUUCCAAGAGAGAACAAGGAAUAGAGGGUUGGUCAUAUGGGGUUGGGCACCACAACUUCUUAUUCUCUCACAUCCAUCUGUGGGAGCCUUCGUGAGCCACUGUGGAUGGAAUUCUAUGCUUGAAAGCGUGGCUCUAGGAGUCCCAUUAAUCACUUGGCCCAUCUAUGCAGAUCAACACUUCAAUUCUAAACUAGCAAUUAAGUUGGGAAUCGGAAUCCAAAUUUGCCAGCAUAGAGAUGGAAUUCCAGACAAGGAACGAGUGAAGGAUGGUGUAACACUUGUUUUGAGUAAAGAGGAGGGGAAAGAGAUGAAAAGAGGAGCAGAAAAGUUGAAGAAAAUGGCAAGAGAGGCAGUUGAAUUUGGAGGAUCCUCGAAUGUAAACUUACAAGAUUUUGCCCGCGAGAUGUACCAAUUGCACAUGACAAAAACUGCUGCUGUACGUGGAGAAUCUUCAAAGCUUACAUAUUGUUGGAUUAAUGCUUCUGAGGCGCCACUUUGA